AGAGAGAGAGAGAGAGAGCAGGGAGCGCAUGUCAGAAACGUGCGGUAACGGAUACGUGCCAGGGGGGGACCACUCUUAAACGCCACACCCGUCACACACCCCGAAGGUGAAUCAACAGAGGGGGCUGGAUAGAGCGUGUGACAGUGACAGUCUACCGGGAGUUUCCCCCCUACGCAGAUAGGCGAAUAAAAGACGGAAAGAGGACGUAUUGCGCAUGGUCCGAGGAAGCGCAUCUGGAGACGGACUACAGCAUCAGCAACAGAACAAGCUUCCUCUGGUGGACUGACGACCACAAAGGAUCAUGGGAGGUGUUGUUCUAGAUGAGGGUCCCGGGGGGGUGAAGGCUCCAGACGGGGGCUGGGGCUGGGCGGUGCUGGUCGGAUGUUUCGUCAUCACUGGUUUCUCCUACGCCUUCCCUAAAGCGGUCAGUGUGUUCUUCAAGGAGCUGAUAAGGGAGUUUGGAGUGGGCUACAGCGACACGGCCUGGAUCUCCUCAAUACUCCUGGCCAUGCUGUAUGGCACAGGUCCUUUGUGCAGCGUGUUGGUGAACAGGUUCGGCUGCCGUCCAGUAAUGAUGGUGGGAGGGUUGUUUGCGUCGCUGGGCAUGAUCCUGGCUUCCUUUGCUACCAGCAUCUUACACAUCUACCUCUGCACUGGAGUCAUCACAGGUCUGGGCUUGGCGUUGAACUUCCAGCCGUCCCUGAUCAUGCUGAACCGCUACUUCAGCGAGAAGCGUCCGCUGGCUAACGGGCUGGCGGCGGCGGGCAGCCCCGUGGCACUCUGCUGCCUCUCCCCCCUGGGCCAGGUGCUGCAGUACCAGUUUGGCUGGAGGGGGGGCUUCCUCAUCCUGGGGGGCCUGCUGCUCAACUGCUGUGCCUGCGGGGCCCUCAUGAGGCCCCUCCUGGGGCCCCCCAAGCCCCAAGACCUGGAGAAGAAGCCUGGAGGGGAACAAGGGGAGGAGGAGAAGCCUAAACCAAAGAAGAAGCCCCUGCUGGACUUUAGUGUGUUCAAGGACCGCGGGUUCCUCAUCUACACCAUCGCAGCCUCCAUCAUGGUCCUGGGGCUGUUUGUGCCCCCCGUGUUUGUGGUGAGCUACGCCAAGGAGAUGGGGAACGAGGACACUAAGUCGGCCCUGCUCCUCACCAUCCUGGGGUUCAUAGACAUCUUCGCGAGGCCCACCUCGGGCCUGAUUGCUGGGAUGAAGUGGGUGCGGCCCAGGUGCGUGUACCUGUUCAGUUUCGCCAUGCUCUUCAACGGGUGCACCGACCUGGUUGGAUCACAGGCGACCACAUACACAGGCCUGGUGGUUUAUUGUAUCUUCUUUGGGAUCUCCUACGGAAUGGUGGGAGCGCUCCAGUUUGAGGUUCUCAUGGCGAUCGUGGGCACAGAGAAGUUCCCCAGCGCUAUAGGUCUGGUGCUCCUAAUGGAGGCUAUCGCUGUGCUAGUGGGACCCCCUGGAGCAGGCCGCCUACUGGACGCCACCAAGAACUACAUGUUUGUGUUCCUGCUGGCAGGGAUUGAGGUCACGCUAUCAGCCCUGGUGCUGGCAUCAGGCAACUUCCUGUGCAUCAAGAGGAAGCAGGAAGAGCCAGAGGCCAAGCUGGAGAUGGCCGUGACCGCCGCAGAGAAGCAGGAGCUGAACGGAGGGGAGCAGGAGGAGCAGGAGGAGCAGGAGGAGCCAGGCAGAGAGAACGGGGCAGCAGGAGUGAGGGACAGUGUCACGACAGACUCAGGGGAGAAGAACGGAGGACUAGUGAACUCUGAGACAUCUCUUUGAAGAAAGAGAGAGAAUAUUAUUAGAUGAUUAUAUAUAUAUAUAUAUUUAUGGAGAGAUUUGAAGUGAGAUGGUGGUUUGCUGUGAUCGUGAGUGAAGAACACCACUAUCAGGACAGAAAGAGAAAGGCACACUCGGAAGGGUGGCACAGAGAGGAGUGGAGAGACAGAAGUUCAGACAUGGUAGACACUCCUAAUGUCUAACACCAUGAGAGGAACAGGUGCAAUUCACACAUAAAAGCAUUUAACCAUCGCAUAUCCGCUCGGGACUCGGGACUUUUUGAACCCACUCAGUUUUCAGUAUUAUUUUUGAACUAUUUCAAUAUGAUAUGAAGAAAUCCAAUUGAUCUUGUCAGUAUUUAUUUUCAUGCCAUGACGAACUAAACAUGCCUAUAUGUUUGUUUGAACUUUGUGUUUAAUUAUGAUAUUCUGUCCUCUAAAUUACUUCAGCACCAUCGAGGUCAGUAUUUUGUUGUAGAUAUCGUCUACCAUUGUGUACAGGUAUCCUGUCUGGAUGUCUGUGUGUCAGGUCAGUGUCAGAGCAUUAUUCUACUCUAAGGAAGUAUUCUCCAGUGGACAUAUACUGAAUGUAAACCUGCACAGGGAUCAAAGGAUUACUUCCCCACACACAAAGACCCUGUAAGCGCUUGUGUUGACCUUCUCCACAUAAAUAUAUUUGCUGUUUGUUGGAUGUAAUGAGUGAGUUAAUGACUGAAGGACUAGCUGGGAUACACCUCUGGGGAAGUGCAGCAGUGGAGCUGAGACAAGCACCUGCCACAGUGGGAGGGCACGUGGACCUACAGCACCCUCUACUGGCUCCUUACAACACAGCACCUUCAAUGUCAAAUCUUAACAUGGGUCCAACUAUUUUAAGCUCUUUAAAUUCAUUUGAUUCUUAAAUCACAACUGAUUUUCUUGGAUGAUAAUAUAUUAUAAAACGCUUGGUCAAUAACAACACAAUGGCUACAAGUACUUAUUUAUUUACAUGUUGUUUUUAAAGUACACAAAUACAGUGGCAAAUACAAAUAAGAGAGAGAAAGAUAAAGUAAGUUAGACAGCUGGUAGCUCAGAUAAUUACACAGGUAUCCGUGACUGGCCAAACUGGCCACGGGUCAUUAACACAGGGAGAGGACUGGUACUGAGAGCAGGUCUAGAAGACUCAACCAGGCUCAGCUGAUUGGCUGAAGACUAGAACAAGGGUUUAGUUGAAUAGUCCUCAACAUCUUGUCCUCACUCCAAAAUGUGUAGUUAAAUAUCCAAGACCACAGCUGACCUCAGUGUGUAUUUUAUGGGGUAUAAGUGAUAGAGGUUAUACCGCUUUAUAGAGUCUGUAUGCAGCCUUCAUAGUUAGUUUGAAGCCACAUCCGUGCAGGACCACUCGGGCAUCACGACAGAGCAGUCUGGGGAGAUAAGGACAUUGUUUCACACAGUUCUUUAUGUGUAUAUAAAAAGUAUUUAACAUUCGAUAGGACAGCUUGUAGUUUCAAAUUGCAGCUGUGUAAAAUCAUCUGGUAGAAGUUUGACAGAGUCUGUGUGUUUGCUCCAGGAUCUCAGCAGCUCCUGCUGCGGUCCUGCACUUCAUCUCAAGGGCUCUGACCAGGCCCUGGGCAAGACCAGGCAAGCUAGCCUGACCCUAACCGCUACCUGGAUCCAGAACAAACCAGUUACCUGGCAUUCCUCGGGUUGUGGAUGCCAGUCAUAUAUGUUUUUGUUAAAACCCGAAUACACCCCAAAAUAGAAACCAAGAUGAAGGGAGAGUGAAGAGAUGUACACGUCUAUAUUACAUGUUAUUUCACAGCUUAGAAAUCAUAUGAAGACCAGGAGGCAGGGGGUCUGUACACCGGAGGGAGGACGUCUGAUGGAGGCCUGUGCCCUCGGACACGCACUAGCUCACUAGUACACCAAGAAGUGCACUAGCUCACUAGUACACCAAGAAGUGCACUAGCUCACUAGUACACCAAGAAGUGCACUAGCUUACUAGUACACCAAGAAGUGCACUAGCUCGCUAUUACACCAAGAAGUGCACUAGCUCACUAGUACACCAAGAAGUGCACUAGCUCAAUAGUACACCAAGAAGUGCACUAGCUCACUAGUACACCAAGAAGUGCACUAGCUUGUUAGUACACUGAGUGGGGGCAGGUGACUUCUGGAGUAGUUAGCCAGAAACAUGCAGUCUCUGGUACAUAGUUAGUCUUACAACGUAAGUGAAAAGGGCUGGGGAAUGGGGGAACAACAGAACGGAACUUGUGGUCUGAGAAACAUGAUCUGGAAAUACAA